AUGUGUGAAAUACAACAAUCUGCAAAAGAUAAGCUUACAAAAAUUGAGAGUUUAAGUAUAUCAACAGAUAUAGAAAAAGAUAUUUAUGAAGCAGCUGAACCCACAUUAUUAAACAUGCCUGUGGAGAUUAUUUUAAAAAUUUGUUCUUUUCUGGAAGCAGACUUCUUAAAAUACACUCUAAGUAAGGUAUGCAGAAGAUUUCAAGAUAUUUUAGCAGAUGAUCAUUUGUGGAAAUAUUGGGUCCAUAGUAAAAUAAAAGGUUUCUUUCCUGUACUUCCCAAUUUAAGAAUAUGGGAAGAAGCACAAAUAGAAUGGGAAGAAAUAUGUGUGGAAAUGGAUGUUGAAAAAAAUAAAUGGGCCAAUGUUAAAGACACAACCAAGCAUGUAGUUGUUAAAGAUGUACAUUAUGCAUCAGUAGACACAGUUCUGCUUGCUAAUAGAGGUCAAAUAUGUUUAUCUGGUGGAAGAGACCGUGGCAUGGCGUUCUGGCAUGUAAAGGAUAUAAAGUCGAGUGAGGGUAUUGAUGAUACCACUGUACUCAGAGAUGUUAAGCCACGCCACAUAAAACAUGAUGCACAUGCAGGCUGGGUGUGGGACUUAGCUGCAGAUAAUAUUGAAAAUGCUUCAACAAUUUACUCAGCAUCUUGGGACAAUACUGUGAAAGCCUGGGACUUAGCAAGUGGUCUAAACUGUAUUCAAACAUUUAGGUGCGGAAUGACUGCUUUAUCAGUUGUGACUGCUGAUAAUAUAGUAAUGGCGGGUCUAUAUUCAAAGAAAAUACUUUCUUUUGAUUUAAGAUCUGGGCCUAAUCCUAUUAAUUCAUACAAACCGCACAGGGGACCAGUUUUAGCUUUAAAUUCUUUUAAAAACAUGGUGGCAUCAGUAAGCGAAGACAAAACAUUAGCAGUCUGGGACAGAGUGGCUGGUAAAUUGAUAAAGAAUGAUGUUAAGAUACCAGCUGAUCGAGCAUAUCCUGUUUGUAUAAACUGGUGUCCAUCCGCAAUUUAUAUUGGUGACUCAAAAGGAUCAUUGCAUUUAUUUAAUCCUGAGGAUCAUGUUUUUGUUCGAACACAUGAAAUAUGGCCGGAAUCUUCAAUCAUCGAGCCCUCCAAUAAGAUAGCUGGUUGCCAUCAAAGCCAAGGAAACAUUAUUGUGUGUUCAGACCGAGGAGAAAUUAAAUUUUUAUACAAUUGUAAUCCACCACAGGAAUAUAGUAACGUACAAACCAGUACCUUUGAUGUGACCCAGUUGCGGUACCAAAAUGGCGUCUUAGUUAUCAGCACGUGCGACUCUGCUAUUGAGUUCUGGAUACCGAAUGACAGUAAUUUUGAUCAUGAGCUAUGA